UUCGAGCAGAAGCAGUCAUGGCGGAUGUUAUGAAUGUUGGAGUGAAUUUGGAAGCGUUUUCUCAAGCGAUAAACGCCAUCCAGGCUCUUCGGUCGAGCGUCACAAGAGUUUUCGACUUUCUUAAGGAUGGGAUGAAGAAUAAGGACACCCUUGAAAGCCGGGAGAAAGUCUUUAUAACUGAGUUUCAAGAGAAUCUGCAGUCAGUGAAUCGCGAUUUAAAUGAGUUGGAGCGUCUCAGCACUUUGGUUGGCAGGCCGUCAGAGAGUCACCCUUUACACAACAGUGGAUUGCUCAGUUUAGACCCUGUGCAGGACAAAACCCCUCUGUACAGCCAGCUGCUCCAGGCUUACAAAUGGUCCAAUAAAUUGCAGUAUCAUGCUGGUCUGGCCUCCAGUCUUCUGAACCAACAGUCACUCAAACGCUCAGCCAAUCAGAUGGGAACAUCUGCCAAACGAAGACCCAAAGUCCAGCCAAGCACCCUUGCCCUUCCAACACAAUAUGUGGAUGAUGUCAUAUCCAGAAUUGGCCGAAUGUUUCCAGACAUGUCAAUCGAGCUUUUCCGACCAAACGGGACAUCAGCAGUUCUAUUGGUGACGCUGGGGAAGGUUUUGAAAGCCAUCGUGGUAAUGAGGAGCCUUUUCAUCGACCGCACGAUUGUCAGAGGUUUCCACGAGAACAUAUACACCGAGGACCGAAAGCUGGACAUCUGGUCGAAAUCCAACUAUCAAGCAUUUCAAAAGGUCACUGAUCAUGCAACCACAGCCCUCCUGCAUUACCAGCUCCCGCAGAUGCCUGAUGUUGUGGUUCGCUCUUUCAUGACCUGGUUGAGGAGCUACAUCAAGCUCUUCCAGACCCCAUGUCAGCGCUGUGGCAAAUACCUGCAGGAGGGUCUUCCUCCUACAUGGAGGGACUUCCGAACUCUGGAGGCUUUCCAUGACACCUGCCGGCAGUGACUCUGUACCGGAUAACAGCCUUUCCACGGCUUGGCCUGGACAACUCAAAGAUGCAGUUUCCAGCAUCAUGUGUUUGCAGAUAUCAGUCAUAGAUAUGAAGACAGUGACAUGAAGAUUACAGCUUUGCUCCACUCUCAUUUAGAAGAACAUUAUUCUCCAUGUUUUCUUACUUGACUUUGUAAGGAAAAAAGUUCAAACCAUAAGUAGGUCACUAUCUUUAAUGCUAUAGUUCAGCUGUACCUGACAAUUUUCACUUUUAAAUAAACUGAUUUGAUUUUGUUUUUCCAUA